UGAAAAUAUUUUCUAAGAAACUCGAAAAUAUAUAUUCUUUGCUAUGCAAUAAAUUUAAGUUUCUUUUACACUUUUUCUCUGUUUUUUUGUUGUUGUUCCGCACUAAUCUUUGAAGAAUGCUCAUAAUCGAAUCAGGAAAAUGGAUCCAAAAUUGUUGUUUUGUUUACCAGAAGGAGAUGCGUUGUUUAAUCCACUCAAUACAAUGUUUGUUCAAAUGGCAAGCAUUCUCGUCUUCUCUCAAUUCUUCUAUCUCUUCCUUAAACCCUGCGGCCAAGCCGGUCCCGUCGCUCAGAUUCUCGCUGGGAUUGUGUUGAGUUUGCUCACAAUAAUCCAAAAAGUCCACGAUUUCUUCCUCCAAAAAGACUCAGCAAGCUAUUACAUAUUUUUUUCAUUCCUUCUACGAACAGGUUUCAUGUUCUUGAUCGGUCUCGAAAUUGAUCUUGACUUUAUGAAACGAAACUUGAAGAACUCGAUUGUCAUAACCUUGGGCUCCUUAGUUACUUGUGGCAUUAUCUGGCUCCCUGUCCUCUGGUUUCUCGUCCAUUUCCUUCAGAUCAAACACGACUUCUUAACGUUGUACCUAGCCUUCCUCGUUACCUUGUCCAAUACGGCAUCUCCUGUCGUCAUCCGCUCGAUCAUUGAUUGGAAACUCCACACAUCUGAGAUCGGACGGCUAGCAAUCUCCUGCGGAUUGUUCAUCGAGAUAACCAACAUAUUCAUCUACACUGUCGUCAUUUCUUACAUCUCCGGGACAAUGAUCGGCGAUAUCUUUGCAUACGCGUUUGCCACCGGAGUUAUCAUCUUAAUCAACAGAUUCUUAGCUUCGUGGCUCCCAAAAAGAAACCCUAAAGAGAAGUACCUCUCCCAAGCCGAAACGCUUGCGUUUUUCAUCCUUCUUUUAAUCAUCGCGUUAAGCAUCGAAUCCAGCAACAUAAACUCCACGAUUUUCGUGUUUUUCAUCGGAUUAAUGUUCCCGCGAGAAGGAAAAACCUACAGGACGUUGAUCCAGCGGCUGAGUUACCCGAUUCACGAGUUUGUUCUUCCGGUUUACUUCGGUUACAUCGGGUUUAGGUUCAGCCUCAACUCGCUAACCAAACGCCAUUACCUCGUCCUUGGUAUGACAGUGGCUCUAAGCAUGAUAGGGAAGCUUCUAGGAGUUUUGUGCGCUUGUUCAUUUCUUAAGAUCCCAAAGAAGCAUUGGCUUUUCUUGUCUACCAUCCUUUCCGUCAAAGGUCACAUGGGUCUGGUUCUUCUCGAUUCUAACUUGAAAUACAAGAAAUGGUUUACGCCCGUAAUUUAUGAUAUGUUCGUUGCGGUUCUGGUGAUUACGACAUUGUUAAGCGGAGUAAUAUCGUCUAUAUUGCUUAAAACGCAAGAAAAGAGUUUUUCACACCAAAAAACAUCGCUUGAGUUCCACGACACCAGAGACGAGCUACGAGUGUUGACUUGCGUUUACGGUGUGCGUCAAGCUCGUGGAUUGAUCUCUCUAGUCUCAGCUAUAAAUGGAGCUUCUUCUUCGCCGUUCACACCGUAUCUCAUGCACCUCAUACCGCUCCCGAAGAAGCGGAAAAGUGAACUAUUGUACCACGAAUUAGACGAGGAUGGAGUGAAUUCCAGCGGCGGAGACGAUGAGUUCGGGACUAACGAAGGACUAGAGAUCAAUGACUCGAUCGAUUCGUUUACUAAAGACAGGAAGAUCAUGAUCCGGCAAGUGAAACUCGUGGCGCAGAUGGAGAAUAUGCACGAAGAGAUCUGUAACGGGACUGAAGAUCUCCGCGUCUCGAUCGUGUUUCUUCCGUUCCACAAGCACCAGAGGAUCGAUGGGAAAACUACAAACGACGGGGAAGUGUUUCGGGAUAUGAACCGGAAGGUUCUAAAGCAAGCUCAGUGUUCGAUCGGUAUCUUUGUGGAUAGAAACAUAACCGGGUUUCACCAGCUUCACGGGUCUGAUUCGGUACAACACGUUGCGGCAUUGUUCUUUGGUGGUCCUGAUGAUCGCGAGGCUCUUUCCUUGUGCCACUGGCUUACCAACAACUCCCAGAUUCACCUCACUAUCAUACAGUUUAUCUCGGAUGACUCAAAGAUAGAUAAACUUGUUGGAGACGCGGUGACCAAAGAGAACAACGAGGUUUUCAUGGAGAUUGUUGGUAAAGAUCAGACCGAAGACGAAACUGAUCGAAGCUUCUUAGAAGGAUUCUAUAACAGAUUUGUAACGACGGGGCAAAUUGGGUUUAUAGAGAAGCGAGUAAGCAACGGAUUGCAAACACUGACGAUUCUGAGAGACAUCGGAGAGAUGUAUUCACUGUUUGUGGUGGGCAAAAACAGAGCAGAUUGCCCUAUGACGUCGGGAAUGAACGAUUGGGAAGAGUGUCCCGAAUUAGGAACUGUCGGAGACUUCUUGGCUUCAUCAAGUAUGGAUGUAAAUGCUUCUGUAUUAGUAGUUCAAAGACAUAGACACUCAUUUGAUAGCUUUGUGGAUGAAUAAUAGCAAAUAUCUUUUAGUAACUUCAACUCAUCUUUAUUCUUUGUCUUGCAUCAUGAUAAGAUAGACAUCACGAAUUGCAAAACAUAUACAAACGGAGAAUUUGUAAAGCUAAACAAACUCUCUUUUAACUAACUCACUCAGCAACAGUGGCUAGUGUUUGUGGCUUGAUCUCUCUUUUCUUGUUCUUCCAUUGUAUCGCAGAGACUCGAACCUUUUGUCUCGGGUAGAAUCAAAACGAACAAUCCCAAACCGGACAUUGCAACUCCGAAAAUUGCGAAUGACACUGAUGGUACUUGUCUUCCAAUCGAAGCAAUUAGCGGACAACAAGCUCCUCCAACAACGAGAGCCUGUCUAAACAUCAUUGUUGCGGAACUUCUCACACAAGUCGGAAACAUUUCAACCAUAUAAACCGCCAUUAGGUUGAAUCCGAUCCUUGCACAGAAGAAUGUCCCCAGCUCAAACGCAAACGCGAUCCCUGUUUUCCCGAGAACGCUGAGAACGAAACAGAGCAUUCCCGAUGCUCCACCGAGUAGAGUAUUCACUAGAACAGAGCUUCUUCUGUUGAAUCUCUCCAAUAAUAUCGGAGUGAUGACGAAAGUAGGCAACUCCACCAAUGCGUUUAGGGUUUCGCUCAAGUAGAUGUUGACGUCUAUGUCUCUAGCCGCUAAAGGAACUCCGUAAUAUGAUAUUCCCAACCCAAACAUAAUGACCAUAACAACUACAAUCCUCCGAAAAGCCCACUUUCGGAAGAAGAAGUCCUUAAUCGAGUAACUUGGCACUUGUUCACAGGUUUCUUGCUCGAGGGGUAACUUAGAAACCGCUGAUUCCAAGUAGGCUCUGUUCUUCGGUGACAUCCUUUUGAGAACAUCAAUGGCUUCUGCGUCGUUUCCUUGCAUGUGAAGCCACCGAGGUGAUUCAAGUGCGAAAAUGUAGAGGAAGAUACAGUAGCAUGUCGCGGGAACGGCUGUGUAUAGAUAGAGAAACCUCCAUGAAGAGUGUUGAGCAAGGUAAGCGAUUCCGGACAAGGACAUAAACCCUAAAACGAACAGGGUAAAUGGAAUCAUCGUAGCUCUCGGUCUCCAUCUUGUGGAGACUCGCUCACUGAUGAGAACCAGCGCGUAUGACCAUGUCUGCGAUCGCGCGAAUCCGAUGAUAAACUUCAGGGAUGUGUAAAUCCAUACGUUGGUUGAGAAGAUAACAGAGAUUGAAGUGACUGACAUUGCAAAGGUUGAGAACAAAAGUAGUCUCUUGCGUCCCAAGGAGUCAUCUGGGAUUAAAGCUAGAAAGAAUCCUCCAACGAUGGCACCGAUGUAGAAAGCAGAAGUAGGCAUACCUCUGAGUAAUGAGCUCGAGCACUCGAGGCCGAAUUCUGAAAUGACGGAUUUGCCCUUGAAGCCACCGUCCCAUUCCCAGGCUGAUCUUGGAAGCUUGCAGAUGUCAGAAGCUGAAGGAUCGCAGAACGUGUGGUUAAGACAGUGCCACGUGGGGUAUGCAUCGGUGUAGACGGUAAUGAAUAUCUGCUGAGCAUCGAAGAGCAAAGCUAGUCCAACGAGGAAUAUCUGAAAAAAUUGCCAGAACUCGAAAUCUGAUAGACUCUGUUCGACGAUGUUGUCGAAAGUCAAGUCUUCUGCUCUGGUUAGGUCGCUGACUCCAGAAGUGCCGGCGAGAUGAGACAACAAUGGUUCUGAUGGAUCAGCCAUUACUAUUUUCUAGUUGGGAGCUUUCUUUUAUUUUCUUUUGAAGGGGUACUUGGUUAUUGAUAUUGCCCUUCUUAUUAGAGAGAGAUAUAUAAAUCUGAAAUCUGAAUCUGUGUUUUCACUAUAUGCAAAUCUCAGAUUUUAAAUCAUAC